UGUACCAGACCGUAACGUAAUUCCCAAACAAUCACUUUUUAAAAUGUAUUUUUUACAUAAGUGAAUCUUAACUUGUUUGAGAUGCCGCUUAACAAAUUAAUUUAUUAUUUAAUUACAUUUCUUCUUUAUAGUAUAUUAUUUUAUUCCUUUUUAUUCAUAAUUUUAAAAUGCAACCUGAUGGAUUUUUUUUCAAAAUGUAAUUUUGACGAUAUCAACUCAGUCACAGUCCAGAUUGUGAAAUUGAGCGGCCCGAGCGUCUGACAGCAAGUCACGAAGCGUUGGUCAGGAGCGGCCUGGCUGCCCGAUGCGUCUCCAUCCCCGUCCGGCGGGCCGCGGACGCCGACAUUCUCCUCAUUCACACGAGGAGUAUCUGGAGGCAGUGAAGAAGACCCCCUACAUGACCCUGGAAGACCUGAAGGAGUUCACCCUGCAAUAUGGAGAUGUCUACUUCCACCAAAACAGCUAUCACUGUGCCACGCUGGCAGCGGGAGCCGCACUGCAGCUGGUGGACGGCGUGAUGACCGGAAGGGUGAGAAACGGCAUCGCUCUAGUCAGACCACCGGGGCACCACAGCAUGCGGGCUGAAGCCAAUGGUUUCUGUGUGUUCAACAACGUGGCCAUAGCGGCCAAAUAUGCCCAGCAAACGUACGGCGUUGAAAGAGUCCUCAUAGUUGACUGGGACAUACAUCACGGUCAAGGAGUGCAAUACGCCUUUGAGGACGACCCAAGCGUGCUUUAUUUCUCUUGGCACCGUUACGAGCAUCAGAAAUUCUGGCCUCAGCUCCGAGAAUCAGACUACGACAGUGUCGGCAAGGACAAAGGCGCUGGCUUCAAUAUAAAUGUGCCGUGGAACGAGGUCGGCAUGCAGAACGGUGACUACCUGGCUGCCUUCUGUCACGUCCUCCUUCCAGUCGCUUACGAGUUUUGCCCAGACUUGGUGUUAGUGUGUGCGGGCUUUGACUCUGCCAUCGGUGACCCAGAGGGUGAAAUGUGUGCCACGCCAGACAUUUUUGCCCACCUCACCCACCUGCUGAUGAACCUCGCUGGGGGGAAACUAUGCGCAGUCCUGGAGGGAGGAUACAACUUGACUUCACUCAGCCAGUCGGUGUGCGCCACCGUUGAAACGCUGCUAGGAGAUCCAGCGCCCCGACCCGCUAACUUGCGAGGCCCCUGCCAGAGCGCGCUCGAGUCCAUUCAGUGUGUUCGCGCAGCUCAUCGGAAGUACUGGACCUGCUUCAAAUAUGCAGCUGAAGCACCCCCGUCAGACGUCAGCACAAAGCGCAUCAAGCUGGAAGAACAAGGGAGGGAAGAAAAGCUGCAAAGGGAAGAAGCGGCCGAUAGCAAAAGCGCCGUAACGUGGCCGGAGCCUCAGAAGCGCGUCCCGCCUCCCGUUCGCACCGCGGUGGUCACCCCCGACGACGUGGCCUCUCCGGACGGGUGCAAACGCUUCAGCUUGUCCGAGCUGGAUGAGUCACUCUCACCCGGAGACAAUGAUGCUCCGUCCGGUAUCGCUGCACUUGUCUGGAAAAUGGAGAACAAUGAGAUCUGCAAUGCGUUGGCCACGGUAGCCGACAUCUCCGUGGCGAUGGCGCCCGUCAUCCGCCAUGCGGCCUCUCUCAAACAACGCAUUUUGGUUGUAUGUGUUGGAGGCACUGGAGUCCCGAGUCACCUCCCACAGGAUGGCACAACGCUGACGGUGCACAUCAGCAAAGAGGCGCCGGAGGAGCCCCGGUGCAGAUACUAUGUACCCGUGCGCCUGAAGAACGGUUGCGGGGACACGGCGGGGUUGGCCCAGGCCACGUCGGGCCUCCUGCUGCCUCUCGGCUACGAGUACGACCCCGCCCUGGUGCUGCUGGCGCGAAUGCCGGGCGCAGACGACGCCGGCGACGUCGCGUGGCAGCAGCUGGUCGGCCUGCUGCGGGGCCUGGCUCGGGGUCGCGUGCUUGUACUCCUGCAGGAGGGCGACAAGGUUUUCGUCAGCCCGACGACGGCCUCCCUCUCCGGGAUCUCCGCGCCCGCCCCGGGGCGACUUCCUGCUCCGCUGGCGGAAGACGUUGAGGCACUGGAGCGAUUAAGACGCCGACUUCAAGUCGACUGGACUCUGCUGAGGACCGCAGGUGAAAUGCAAAAUAACCGUUAUGCCACAAUAUUAGGUACAUGUGCCGAAUCCAUAAAGCUCACUAAAUUUUAUUUCCUAAAUGGGAUCUAAAAAAAAAAAAAAAAAGGCAGCUGUAUCAGAGUGCUGUUCAUAAUAAAGAUUGACCUAAUAAUUGAUACUAAUUUGCAUAGUGGCUAUAUAUAAUAGUUUCUGCAAUUAUGCUACUAGCGUGAAUUAAUGAUAGGUUAUUAUGCAUUCUGACUUGAGUAGUUUGUGUUGUUUCUCUGUUAAAUUACUAGAAUAAAUCAGGGAAUAAACCUGUCAAUACAUAAAUAUUUUGAAUAUGUUUUCAU